AUGGGGGAAGAGGGGAACGACAGCGCCGGGCCCAGGACUAAGCCCGACGACAGUAGUCAUGGCGUGAGCCGGCCCAGUUCGUCGGGUGCCUCGCAGGCGCGACGGCUGGGCCGGAGUAAUAAUAAUAGUCACUCCGGUCCGUCUAGGUCCUCCUCGCGAUCGGGCCAGCAACCGGCCCAGGCGAAAAACUUUGAGUUUGUCCUGGUCACCGAUAAUGAGUCGCGCCGGCAGGUUCGUCGGCAUGCCAUGCGCCAGUAUAUGCACCAGCGGCGGUUAGACAGCAUUGCUCGACUCGGGCCCUCCCGUGCGCCUGUCGGUGGCUGGACGACUCGUUCCACGUCCAUUUCUCAGGGCGCCGGUCAGUCUUCCAAAGAGGAAGAUGUGCCGGACGAGUCUCGGGAGGAUGAUAAAGGCGUUGUCUCGGUCAAGCGUGAGGAUGGGGACACGCAAAUCGCUGCAAAGGAGAAUGUGCGUCCUCACCUGGUCAUUUCUAAACCACAGCCUAUCAAAAGUGAAGAAGUACAAUCGCCGCCUAUUUCGGAGACCAAAUCUCCAGCCGCCCAGGUUUAUCGGGGGGAUGGAGGCUCGAAAGAUCCUUUCAGCUCUUAUCCCAUUACCAUCAGCAAUGCGGAUCAUCAGUUGAUCCAACAUUUUGUGGUGACGUAUCCGUCCAUGAUGUACAAGUUUGGUGAUUCCAUCGCAAACAACCCAAUGGUCGAAAUCUUUCGUCGUUUCGCGCUGCACGAUGAGGUGCCCUUCCAGGCCAUGCUUGCGAUCGCCUCGAAGCACCGUGCCGGUGUCGAGGGGAAAAAGGAAUCGGUGCAGAGUCUCACGCACAAGAUGCGUGCGCUGCGACUGAUGAAUGAGCGCAUCCAAAGCGACUCGAAAGGCCAGCUGGAUGGGACGAUCUACGCUGUGGCGACGAUGGCUGUUAUCGAGGACGCUUCGAUCGAGCGCAUGCAUUUCAGAGGCCUGGCCUCCAUGAUACGGAACCGUGGGGGCAUGCAAGGCAUGCGUCAAUCGAGCCCUUUCUUAGAAAAGGUUCUGUACUGGGUGGACUUUAGCUGUGCCCCAAAGGCCAUCGUCAGUACAUCGCUACCAUGGACCGGCAGCGUCCCCGACAGCUGUCCGUCUGGGUUCGACUUUCUUGUCCCAGACGCCCAUCUCGCCAUCCCGCAUGGCCCCAACACGGCGGAAGGUAACGACAGCCUGUGCGAGCAGUACCGGGCAUGCGAGGACUUUCUGCGCUUCUUCCGCCACCUCUACGCAUUGGAGAGCGUGGUGUUGCAGUCCCCGCCGAACAUAUCAUCCCCAACAACCAACCAGCGCGUCAAGCACUUCGUCCCGCAGACGCACCUCUAUUCCAUCCUCACCACCCUCCCCGACUACGACCACGGCAUCCGCGACAUCCGCUUCAUCGACGAAUACACAGGCAUGGCCUGUCUCUUCUUCCUCGCCAUCGUCCUCUACGAGUGCUACGAAACUUCCACCAACUUCGACCACUACCUCGAAUGGCUCAACAGCGAAGUCACCAAACUGAAUCCCCACACCAACCCGAGCAUCACCUCCGUCCUAUGGCUCUUCCUCAACAACGGCGGUCACCCCGAAGGCCACGCCGGCGAUAACGGCGACCGCUGCUGGGUCGUCUCGCGCAUGGUGCGCAUCGCCAAGCGGCUGGAGUGGAAGCGGCACGGGGCGAUCUGGGACCGGCUGCGGCAGGUGCUGAUCGACCUGCUUCUCACGCAGCAGGAAUGCGCCCUCGGGUCCGACUACGUCGACGACGACGCUCUGGCCGCCCGACUGCGUCGGCGUGCCGUAGCGGCAGAGUACUUCUGGGACGAGGACGAGAUGCGCCAGGAGAUUCUCGGCGUGGCGAUCCCGCCCUCUCCGGCUGUGAAUGUCCCCAUCUUGACAUAA